CUUCCGAAUGCUACCCCCACUACAUUCGCCGACUUUUUAUUUAUAGCGUCUCUCGUUUCGCAGUCUCGCCGUCUCCGACUCACUAAUCGCUUCUCUUUUGCGGUAGUUUUUGAAGGAAAGAUGGCUAGUGGUAGCCUGAAAAAUCUUGUAACUUCAGCAGUCACUGUUGGUGUGACCGAAGCUAGAGCAAGGAUUUUCGGACAUAUGCUUAACCCAACAGGGCAGAGGUCUCCUCAUAAGAUCUUAAGGAAGAAGCUUUUUGGUGAUAAGGUUGCAGAGUGGUAUCCAUACGACAUUAAGAAUGAGGAUCCCAAUGUCUUGGCUAGAGAAGAAAAAGAGCGCUUAUCGAAGCUUGAGAUGUUGAAGCGUCGUAAUAAGGGACCACCACAGAAGGGUCAUGGAAGACGUGCUGCGAAGCGUAACAAGUAGAAUAAGUAGGGAUUGUAGCUUCCUAAAAAAAAAAGCUCAGCACUUUCAGUAUCAGAUUCUGUUGGUUAAUAAUGUCAACUAGAACUUUCUUCAUUAGCGAAGUCCUCUCAACAUAAAAUCUUCAUGCUUAAACUAUGCAUUAGUUUACAAUGAUCUUACAAAGCUAUUUGCUUCUCUUUUGACUUGAUA